AAAUUUCAGGGUUCUGAAGGAAAGAAGGAAGAUGAGGAAAAGAAAUACCUUGAUGUUAUCAGCAACAAGAACAUAAAGUUGUCAGAGAGAGUUCUGAUCCCUGUCAAACAAUACCCAAAGUUCAAUUUUGUUGGGAAAUUGCUUGGACCAAGAGGGAACUCCUUGAAGAGGUUACAAGAAGAAACAGGAGCAAAAAUGUCUAUCCUGGGAAAAGGCUCCAUGAGGGAUAAAGCUAAGGAGGAAGAACUGAGGAAAAGUGGAGAAGCUAAAUAUGCGCACUUGAGUGAUGAGCUUCAUGUAUUAAUUGAAGUGUUUGCUCCACCUGGGGAAGCAUAUUCUCGUAUGAGUCAUGCCUUGGAAGAAAUAAAAAAAUUCCUCGUUCCUGAUUAUAAUGAUGAAAUUCGUCAGGAGCAACUGAGAGAGCUGUCAUAUUUGAAUGGUUCCGAGGACUCAGCACGUGGACGGGGUAUUCGAGGAAGAGGGAUCCGUGUGCCACCUGCAGCUCCUUCAAGGGGCCGUGGGGGUGCGAUUCCUCCGCCCCUCCCCGGACGAGGUGCCCAAGCACCCAGAGGAGCACCAGUGACUCGUGGAGCUCUCCCCGUCCCACCUGUAGCAAGAGGUGUUCCCACACCUCGAGCAAGGGGGGCCCCAGCGGUACCAGGCUACAGACCACCCCCACCACCUGCACAUGAGGCAUAUGAAGGAUAUGGAUAUGAUGACGGAUAUGGGGGUGAAUAUGACGAUCCAAGCUAUGAGACGUAUGAUAACAGUUAUGCCACCCAAACACAAAGUGUGCCUGAAUAUUAUGACUACGGUCACGGAACAAGUGAAGAGGCUUAUGACAGCUACGCACAAGAAGAAUGGGCCACAACCCGUUCCAGCCUAAAGGCACCUCCUCCAAGGUCAGCUCGAGGUGCUUACAGGGAACACCCCUAUGGUAGAUAUUGAAGGUCCUCCUCAUCUGUGACCUCAACUCAAAGACAAUUAAUAGCCUGUGGUCUCCGCAUAAACAGCAACAAGACAAGUAAUAGUCAAUUUCUUUUCUAUCCUAGGGAUUACUGAUCAUUAUUAUCCUAUGUACUACUUGUAUUUCCUAUAACAUUGGAGUGACAUUGGCAUUAGUAUUAUUUUAUAACACGGACUUAAAAAAAAAAAAAAGCAGAAAGAAAAAACCUUUGGCAAGCAUUGUCUAUAAACCAUUCAAAGAUAAUGUUCUGUUGGUUGUAUUCAUUGCUGUGUGUAACUUUAAAAGCAUGAACCUGUUACAGAUCUUGAGUCUCUCUACAUACUAGCUAAGGCUGAGUUUUUGUUUAGGGUUGCUGAAAGACUGUAAUAUGAUUCUUUUUUUCUUUUCCUUUUUUCAUUUGAGCCAUACAAUAAUCAAG